GGAUCAUUUCCCACUUUUCUAUUUCAUUGAAAACUUACACGAGGUUACGAAAAGCCCUAAUACUUCAGUAUAUCUCUACAGUUGCUCUCUGUGCAGGUAUUCUACUUUUUCUUUGGAUCGGAGUUAAAAUCGAAGCAGAAAAUGCAGUCCCCAGUUCUCGUUCUCAAGGAUUCACUGAAGCGGGAAUCUGGCAACAAGGUGCACUAUGGCAAUAUCCAAGCAUCAAAGGCUGUUGCUGAUAUUAUUCGUACUACUUUGGGUCCCCGAUCCAUGCUGAAGAUGCUACUUGAUGCUUCUGGAGGUAUUGUUGUGACAAAUGAUGGUAAUGCUAUUCUCCGCGAGUUAGAUCUUGCACAUCCUGCGGCAAAGUCAAUGAUUGAACUAAGUCGAACUCAGGAUGAGGAAGUAGGAGAUGGAACAACAUCCGUCAUUGUUCUUGCUGGUGAAAUGCUCCAUGUUGCGGAAGCCUUCAUUGACAAAAAAUAUCAUCCUACAGUCAUUUGUCGAGCUUAUAACAAAGCUCUUGAGGAUUCAAUUGCAGUGCUUGACAAAAUUGCAAUGACUGUUGACGUUAAGGAUCAAUAUUAUCAUCUGGCAGGUGCAACAAUGUUAGAUCUUGUCAAGAGUUGUAUUGGGACAAAAUUUACUGGUCAGUUUGGGGAUCUGAUAGCAGAUUUAGCAAUUGAUGCCACGACCACGGUAGGUGUGGAUCUUGGCCAAGGUUUGCGUGAGGUGGAUAUCAAAAAGUACAUUAAGAUAGAGAAGGUUCCUGGUGGCCAGUUGGAGGAUUCAAAAGUUCUGAAAGGAGUCAUGUUUAACAAGGAUGUUGUUGCUCCUGGUAAAAUGAGAAGAAAAAUACUGAACCCAAGAAUCAUUCUUCUUGAUUGCCCCCUCGAGUACAAGAAAGGAGAGAACCAAACCAAUGCGGAAUUAUUGAGAGAAGAAGACUGGAGUGUAUUGCUAAAAAUGGAAGAGGAAUACAUUGAAAACCUAUGCGUGCAAAUACUGAAGUUCAAACCAGAUUUGAUAAUUACAGAAAAGGGGCUCAGCGAUUUGGCCUGCCAUUAUUUUAGCAAGGCCGGUGUCAGUGCUAUCAGAAGGCUGAGGAAGACCGACAAUAACCGAAUUGCCAAGGCAUCUGGGGCCGUUAUCGUUAACAGGCCUGAUGAGUUGCAGGAAUCUGAUGUUGGUACUGGUGCUGGUCUGUUUGAGGUGAAGAAAAUUGGAGAUGAGUUCUUCGCUUUCAUAGUUGACUGCAAAGAUCCAAAAGCAUGCACGGUACUUUUGAGGGGUGCCAGCAAGGAUCUUCUGAAUGAAGUGGAGAGAAAUUUGCAGGAUGCAAUGUCAGUAGCAAGAAACAUAAUAAAAAAUCCGAAACUUGUUCCUGGUGGAGGUGCUACAGAGUUGACUGUCUCAGCUACAUUGAAGCAAAGAAGUUCUUCUAUUGAGGGCAUAGAAAAGUGGCCUUAUGAGGCUGCCGCAAUUGCUUUUGAGGCUAUACCACGUACUUUGGCACAGAACUGUGGGGUCAAUGUCAUUAGAACAAUGACCGCCUUGCAAGGAAAGCAUGCAAAUGGUGAGAACACGUGGAUUGGCAUAGAUGGGAAUACUGGUGUAAUUGCUGAUAUGAAAGAGUGCAAGAUAUGGGAUUCGUACAGUGUGAAAGCCCAAGCAUUUAAGACUGCUAUAGAAGCGGCCUGUAUGCUUUUGAGAAUUGAUGAUAUAGUAAGUGGAAUCAAGAAGAAGCAGGCGCCCGGAGCAAGCCAAGGUCCAUCGAAGCCUAAAAUCGAGGAAGAAGGUGAUGCUGACAACGAGCAGAUGAUUCCUGAAUAAUUCAUCGGAAACGGAGUUGAAGGAACCUUUCUUGUGACUGCCGGAGUUUAAAUCGUUACUGGUUUUUUCAAUCAAGUCAAUUCUCGACAAUUUUGGCAUAACUAGUCUUUUCUGUGUGGGCGUAAAGCAAGCUUCAGUCUCAUUAUGAUGGGAGGAAUUAGCAAUCGAGCACUGACAUGUUUGGCAGGGACGUUUAAUACUGUCUAUGAAAUAUGUACUUAAUUUUUUCCCCUUCAAUUCAAUUCUACUUCAGCUAAUGCUUGGGUUUCUGUCGAACUUCAAUAUUUUUUGGAUCGCCUCGUGAGACAUGAUACUCUAGCACAUUCAACUUGGUGUUUGGAAGGAUAUUUCGAUAAUGGGUUUGUUAUUUUACUUUUA